AUCUAGCUACCUUACCUUUAGUCAUGGCAGACAUUUCGUGAGUCGCUCUUAUCAGGAAUAAAGUAUAUUUCCUUGUCAGAUAAAGUGAAAUACUAACUCAUUACGGGAUUUCACAUUUACUUAUUUCUCGUACUAAAAGACUCAUUAGAAUAAAACGUAUCAACAGUGACGUCCGGGAAGUGACCCCAAAAACCUUUUCAUUCGUUCGUUUUUAAUUUUUCUCUUCAAGUAAAAGAAACGUGGAAAAUGGUCGAAGGUAUAUACGCUAUGGAGCAGAUUUUCAUAGACGAAGAAACAGGUGAAAGUUUAAUGCAAUCUCUCCAGGACAACUUAGAGAUGCAUAAUCCUAUUUGUUCAACAAAUAAUGUUGAAACUGGUGAACCCGAAGUUAAUUUUCAAGGGAUUACGCAAAGAAGUAGAAAAGUACCUUUUCAGAUACCAAAACAAGUGAAAGAUAAUAUGAUGCCUAAGAAAUCAGGCUGUAAAUUAAAUAAUAUGGAAAUGGAACCAGUUCCAAUAGGAUCAUCUUUCGGACAAGUAAAUCCAAUUUGCUUGUUUCUACCAGCUAUCAUAUAUUCUCGUUGGUUUUUAGUAUUACUUAUGAUAUUUGAAGUUAUUCUACAUGUUUGGGCACAUCGCAAAAAUAAGUUAUUGAAAAAUGCUAGCGUCUACUUCCGCUCACCAUUCCAUGCCAUAUCUUCUGAAUUUUGUGCUCUUUGUCAAAAUGAAACUUGCAUGUAUCAAGUUGGAAAAUUGCAACAAAAACGUAUGCACAAAUUCUUUCGACAAUGUAAUUACAUGAAAAGAAUAGUUACGUGAAACAUCUUCAUAAAAGAUGAAAACAUAUUGUACUGUGUCAUUAUAGAUAAAUAUUUGAUCAAGUUUGGCAUGCAUUAGACAUUACUAUUUUACAUUAAAUAAUCUAAACUGUCUAAGGAUACCUUAAAUGCAAAUUAUUACAAUAUUAGUAACAAUUUGGUGAUAAACUAAUCUAUUUGUAAUGUAUAAGUAACUGUGCUAACAAAAAUCAAAAGUAAAACUAAGUAUAUUUUUAUACAUAAUAGAAGGUGGAAGAUAAGCAUUCUAUUUAAUGAACAAACAGUUGAUAAUAGAAUACAGUUAAGUAAUCAUUAUUCAUAUAUUUUUGUUCGUAUAGUAAAAGUAUUUUAUUGUUAUGACAUAGGCGCUUAUAUGAAGAUUUUAUUUUUAUACUUAUUAAAUUGUUAUUAAAUUAUAAUAUUAUCAAUAAAAGUAUUUACCUAAA